UCUCUCUCUCUCUCUCUCUCUCUCUCUGUGAGAACCUUCUCUGAGAACACACUCCCAAAUCCCACCAUGAACCUUGAAAUAAUCCUUCUUCUCUUUCCUUUCAUUGUAUCCCUCCUCUUCACCAACACCCUUGCCAUUCAAUCCCACUCCAAACCAUUCUCUAACAUUACUGUCAUUGGCACUGUCUUUUGUGAUACCUGUUCCUCCAACAACUUCUCCACACACAGCUACUUUUUACAAGGUGUUAAAGUUUUGCUAGAUUGCAACUUCAGAGUGAACUCAACAUCAAAAGAAGAGAUAUCAAUCAGAGUAAUCAGAAGCACAGAUGAGCAUGGAGUUUACAGGCUUGAUAUCCCACCAGUGGAUGGAUUUGAGUGCAGAGAAGGAAGACAAAUGCAGUCCUUUUGCCAUGCAAGCCUCAUUGAGAGCUCUUCUUCCAGCCUUUGUAACCUCCCAAACUUAAGAAGCUCAACAGAACAUCUUGGCCUAAUGUGCAGGGAUGCCAGUGCUUGUCUUUAUAAUCUCAAUGCAUUGAGUUUCAGACCAGCAAAGAAAGAUACCAACUUAUGUGGAACUAAUGAAGCCUCUGAAUCUUCAGAUUUGAGUGUUUCUCUGUUCUUAUGGCCACCUUCUCCUGCUUUUCCAUUUCCUCUUCCUUUUAUUAGUCCACCAAGUCCACCACCUUUUCCAUUUCCUCUUCCUUUUAUUAGUCCACCAAGUCCACCACCUUUUCCAUUUCCUCUUCCUUCUAUUAGCCCACCAAGUCCACCACCUUUUCCAUUUCCCAUUCCUUUCCCUCCAUUACCAACUUUUGUCUCACCACCACCACCUCCUCCACCUACUUUUUCACUCGGAGAUCCAAGGACUUGGUUUCAGCCUCCAUCACCACCCAAUCAUCCAUGAGUUUUAGUUAGCUCCACUAGCUACUCUAAAUUAGUUCAGAACUUUUGCUUUAUCUUAUGUGGAUUUACUUUAUAUAUAUACACAUCCAGUGUGAUUAAUAUAUAUAUAUAUAUAUGGUUUUAUGUAUUUAUAUGUUUGUGCUUGUAGGAGUGUUUUUGAUUUCUCAGUGUUGUUGUUGUUGUUGUUGUUGUUGUUGUUGCUGCUGCUGCUGCUGCAGCACAUGUACUUGUUUGUAAUUAGGCUGCAAUCAAGUAUUUGAUAGAUGGAGAUACACAUAUGUAAUAAUAAUCAUUUGGGACUA